AUGACGGAAGAAACGUACUGUUUAGCCGCGCUGGUUCAAAAAUGCACUUCCGUGGCCUCACUCAAGACGGCGCGUCAGCUCCACGCUCUCAUUCUGACCUCCAUAGCCGCCGCCGGCUCGCUCACUCCUUACAUCUGCAACAAUAUCUUAUGGAUGUACGCUCGAUGCGGCGCAAUUCGCCAGUCACACCUAGUGUUCGACAAAAUGCCGAAGAGAAAUCUGGUUUCGUUUAACGCCCUAAUGGCGGCCUAUUCCCGGUCUCCGGAGGAUGCUUCUCUGGCUUUCAAGCUUUUUCCGCAAAUGGAGCUCGAAUCCCACAGACCCAAUGGUGCGACUCUCACGAGCUUAUUGCUCGCAGCUUCUUCCCUUAAAAAUCUGACUUGGGGCUCUUUGCUUCAUACCCAAAUAGUGAAACGUGGUUUCGUUAAUGAUGUUUGGGUUCAAACCGCGCUAGUUGGCACUUACUCCAAUUGCCGGGAUUUGGAAUCCGCCGGAAAAGUUUUCCGGUGGACGCUUGGUAAGGGUGUAGUAGCUUGGAAUUCCAUGAUUUUUGGAAAUUUGAAGCACGAUAAACCGGAGGAGGCGCUUCAAUUAUUCUGUGAAAUGCUGCGAAUCGGAAUGGUUCCUACUGAAUUCACCUACGCAAUGGUUUUGAAUUUAUGCAGUAGAAAUGGAGAUUACCAUUUUGGUCGGCUCGUCCAUGGCCGUAUUAUCACUUCAAACGCCAGUAUCGAUAGAACUCUGAAAAAUGUCCUGCUGGAUUUGUACUGCAAUUGUGGAGAUACCCAUACAGCAUUUUGGAUUUUCAAUAGAAUUGAAAACCCGGAUUUGGUUACUUGGAACACAAUCAUCUCAGGAUGUUCAGAGAAUGAGGAAGAAGAGAAGGCCAUGAGUCUGUUUCUUCAAUUACAGGAAUCAUCACCUCCAAAGCCAGAUGAGUACACUUACGCAACUAUAAUCUCUACCAUUGGCAGUCUUACGAGUGGAAUGUCUUUCCAUGGGCAAGUUAUAAAGAGAGGAUUUGAGAGGAGCAUCUUUGUGAGCAGUGCCAUUGUGUCUAUGUUGUUCAGAAAUGGCGAAUCUCAAGCUGCUGAGAAGGUUUUUGGGUCGGUUGUGGAGAAGGACGUUGUUCUCUGGACUGAAAUGAUCACUGGGUAUUCAAGAGUGUCUCAAGGGGAAAACGCCAUUAAAUUCUUUCAGCAAAUGCUUCAGGCUGGGCAUGAUAUCGACAGCUUUUCACUCAGUAUUGCUCUGAGUUCAUGUGCUGACAUUGCCACUCUGCAACAGGGCGAGACCCUUCAUUCCCUGGCCAUAAAAACAGGGUGUGAAGCUGAAAUCUCCGUUUCUGGGAGUCUAAUCGACAUGUAUGCCAAAAGUGGCGACCUGGGUUCUGCUAAAUUGGUAUUUUCUCAGGCCCCAUCUCCUGAUUUGAAGUGCUGGAACGCCAUGCUUGGAGGGUACAGCCACCAUGGAAAUAUAGACCAGGCAUUGAAGCUCUUCUUCGAACUUCAAAACCAUGGCGUCGAGCCAGACCAAGUAACAUUUCUUUCCUUACUUUCUGCUUGCAAUCACAGCAACUCGGUUGAAAUAGGGAAGUUUUUAUGGAACUACAUGAAAGAGAGUAAUAUUAUGCCAAAUUGUAAGCACUAUUCUUCUAUGGUAAGUCUAUUAAGUCGAGCUGGAUUCAUGGAUGAAACACAAGAAAUGAUUUCCAAAUCACCAUUUGCAGAUGGUGAUCCAGAGCUAUGGAGAACUCUGUUAAGUUCUUGUGUUGUUAUGAAAAAUCUUAGAGUGGGAGUUUAUGCAGCAAAACAAGUGUUGAGAUUAGAUCCAGAAGACAGUGCAGCACAUAUUUUACUCUCAAAUCUGUAUGCUGCAGAAGGAAAAUGGGAGGCUGUGGCAGAGAUGAGGAAGAGAAUAAGAGAGUCAAUGGUGGUAAAGGAUCCUGGUCUAAGUUGGAUUGAGGCCAAGAAACAUGUCCAAGCAUUUUCUUCUGGUUUUCAAUCAGAGCCAGAGGUUGAUGAAGCUCUAGAUACACUGCUGAGGCUAAGAGGAAACAUGAGUGCAGAAAUGGAUGAAUUAAGUGUGAUAGGCAGCUAAAAGACUAAUAUAAGAGUAUGUCAAAGCUUGAGCUUUAUCGAGGUUAAAUUUGGCUUUCUCAUACCAACUGUAAAAGCUAAGGGUCGAUUUAUGAAGUAAAUGUAGGAUUAACAAAGUUGUAUAAAGGCAAAAUACAGUUUUAGUCCCCAGGGUUCUAGGGCUGGCUUUUAUUUGAUCAAUUUGGUCCAUGUAGUUUAGAAAUACUCAAUUUUAGUCUCUGUUGAGCAUUGACCAUUAAUUAACCUAACUACUGGAUAUUGUGAUGGUUGGGGGGCUUAGUUGGGUAAUCGCAUGUCGCAAAAAUUAAGUAAUGUGGCAAACUUUAUGCCGUAUUUGUUGGAGACCAUUGCUAAACACAGAAGGUUGCUAUAAAGUUCAUGUAUAAGACCAAACCAGAAUGGCUACAUUCUGUAGAACAGAAGUGAGAAAACGUGGUACAAGCAACAUAAAUCUCCACAUUUAGCAUACAUAUCUACGAGGGCAGUUCCAAAACAAGAACUUAAGCACAUCCUCUCUGUUGAUACGAACCGCUGAUGGCAGACCCGACCAGCCACUAUCACCCGACCAUCACUCUUGUCAUGAACAUCAAACAUGACUUCCACAACUAUGGUAUGCAUCUCCAUUUUCUUUCAUCUUGUUACUCUUCAUUGUUUUUUGUCUUGUACAUUGUAUCACGAGCUUAUCUCAAAUGGCUGUGAAUGUUCCUCUUUGUAAAAGAAGUGUUUGAUUGCUGUCGGGAACUCUUCUGGGGAGAUAGAAUUCUUUAUCAAAUUAAGAGAUUAUCAAUA